GAGGCGGUCCGGCAGAUUGACAGUGUCCUGCUCACACUGAGCUCCGGAGCGGCUCGCGGUCUGCAGGGUCACUGUAGUCAUUUUAUCUGCGGACUUUUGGAUAUCAAGCGCUGGAUUUGCGCUUUUAAUCGCCACUUUGCGCUGGGAGAAGCAGUAAAAAAAGGAGUGGAAUCCCGCACGGAGUCGCACAGAGACGCCAACAAAGAGCGGUCAGAGGGGAAGCAAGUUAUUCCAGCCGCAGAUACAAGUCAGUCUGCGGACAAUCCACCAUGGUGGCGCACACGCUCCUGCGCGCGGCGUUCACCUUCCUGUCUCUCACCGUGUUUCUGAACGCGAACGGGCAGUACGGAGACCGGGGAAUGUCGGUACCGGAGCACGGGUUCUGCCAGCCCAUCUCCAUCCCGCUGUGCACGGACAUCGCGUACAACGAGACCAUUAUGCCGAACCUGCUGGGCCACACGAACCAGGAGGACGCGGGUCUGGAAGUCCACCAGUUCUACCCACUGGUCAAAGUCCAGUGCUCCCCGGAUUUAAAGUUCUUCCUCUGCUCCAUGUACGCGCCCGUGUGCACGGUGCUGGAGCAGGCGCUCCCCCCCUGCCGCUCUCUCUGCGAGCGCGCGCGGCAGGGCUGCGAGGCGCUCAUGAACAAGUUCGGCUUCCAGUGGCCCGACAGCCUCGCGUGCGAGACCUUCCCGGUGCACGGCGCGGGGGAGCUAUGCGUGGGCCAGAACAUGUCGGACGGGCCCGGACCCCACCCUACAGAGCGCGCGCCUCCUGACCCCAUGAACGGCCAGUACCGGUGCCCGGCGUCGCUCCGCGUGCCUCCGUACCUGAACUACCGCUUUCUCGGUCAGGAGAACUGCGGCGCUCCGUGUGAGCCCAAGAAGUCGCACGGGAUGAUGUAUUUCAGCGAGGAGGAGCUGAAGUUCGCCAGGAUCUGGAUCGGGAUCUGGUCCGUGCUGUGCUGCGCCUCCACCUUGUUCACGGUGCUGACCUACCUGGUGGACAUGAAGCGCUUCAGCUACCCGGAGCGGCCCAUCGUCUUUCUCUCCGGCUGCUACACCAUGGUCUCCAUCGCCUACAUUGCUGGAUUUUUACUGGAAGACAAAGUGGUGUGCAACGACAGGUUCGAGGACGAGAUGAGGACCGUGGUGCAGGGCACCAAGAAAGAGGGCUGCACCAUCCUCUUCAUGAUGCUGUACUUCUUCAGCAUGGCCAGCUCCAUCUGGUGGGUCAUCCUGGCUCUGACCUGGUUUUUGGCAGCAGGGAUGAAAUGGGGCCACGAGGCCAUUGAGGCCAACUCCCAGUACUUCCACCUGGCGGCCUGGGCCGUUCCCGCCAUCAAGACCAUCACCAUCCUGGCUGUGGGCCAGGUGGACGGGGACGUGCUAAGCGGGGUCUGCUUCGUGGGCAUCAACAGCGUGGAUGCUUUGCGUGGCUUUGUCUUGGCACCGCUCUUUGUCUACCUGUUCAUCGGCACCUCCUUCCUCUUAGCAGGAUUUGUGUCCCUGUUCCGGAUCCGGACCAUCAUGAAGCAUGAUGGCACCAAGACAGAGAAGCUAGAGAAGCUGAUGGUUCGGAUAGGGAUCUUCAGUGUGCUGUACACGGUGCCGGCCACCAUCGUCAUCGCCUGCUUCUUCUACGAGCAGGCCUUCAGGGAGCAGUGGGAGAGGACGUGGAUCAGCCAGACGUGCAGAACGUACGCCGUGCCGUGUCCCAUCCAGAACCACCCCAACAUGAGCCCGGACUUCACCGUGUUCAUGAUUAAAUAUCUCAUGACUCUUAUUGUGGGCAUCACUUCCGGUUUCUGGAUCUGGUCUGGAAAGACCCUAAAUUCCUGGAGGAGGUUUUACACGAGACUGGCCAACAGUAAACAGGGUGAGACCACCGUGUGAGGUGGUUCUCACUCCCAAACAGAACCAGAACCCUCUUCAACGUUGUCAUUUCUCACCUUUCUCCAACUUGGAGAUAUUUUCUUUGUAAUGUACAUAUUCAUUUAUGAGGUUUUGUAAGUAUAUAUUUGUAUUUAAAGGUUCAAAAACAAACAAAGAUUUUUUUCUACUUGGACUUUUGUGGAUCACACAGAACCAGCCAAACAUCACGGAUCUCAUGACCUGGCUUCCUGUGGACACCUGUGGGAGUAUUGUGUUUUGAUCCAACUCGGUCUAAUCCUGAGUCCCGUGAACCCAAAGUGCUUCCUCGUGUCUCCUGAUUAACUAGCUGCAGUUUGCAUCCGGACAAGCAUGCCUUUCAGUCAGCACUCUGGGACGAGAAAAACCCUGCACCAGUUUUGAAAGUGAGUCUUUGAGACAGAUGCUGUCAGCCCUGACAGUUCUAACAUUCCAGUCCUGAUGCAGCACAUAAACAUGCAGAUGCAGAGCUUCUGCAGACUGUCCUGGUCUGGACCGAAAUCUGUCCCCCCGAUCAGUUUUACUCUUGCAGCAACACGACUUUGACUAAACAUAGAAACAGAAGGCUGCUGGAAAAAUUCCUGAUGAGAAUGAAACUUUGUUUACGGCUUAACUGUGAUGGGAUCCGUCAGGUUUAAUGGAAACAUGCACAUCUGUUUGCUCUUUGUUGUUUAAAGUGACCAAACACAA